GCCACCCAUGCACUAUUGUGAAUGAUUGAAUGCGCACAGAUGUCUAUUGAAUACGAACAGCUGUUUCAAUUUAUUAGCGGUGUUGAGCUCAAAAUUAGACAAUUCUCAAAACUGUCUCGUGCAGCAACAUUUGGAACAUAGACACCUAGAUAGCAGUAGAAGAAAAAUAACAAUGUCACAGCUACUACGACAAGCAACAUUACUCUCUUGUCGUGCACCCAUCACACAAUCACAACGUUUUCGUGGUAAAAUCAAUAUACAACGUCCACGAGCACCACAUUAUGAACGUGCCAAGGUGUUGGCUGUAGCACAAUCUAUACCAGCGGUAGUGGAGGAACCCAAAAAGAAAACAACAUGCUUUCAAAGCCGCCGACGUGAGACCAAUAUGGAAAAUCCAUAUCUGACAAUAAUUGCGCGUGAGGUACGCAAUUGGUUGCUUCAUUCACGUAUGAUUGGUUUCUAUCACAUGAAUUCCAUCAAGCAAGAUGAUCUCUUCCCAGUGCGCGUACAAUUACAUAAACAGAAUAUGCAUUUAAAAUCAUAUGGCAAGGAGGUUGUGAAAAAAGCUGUGGAAGGCACACAAUUUGAAGCAAUUUUACCACUAUUCGAAAGCAAUAACUGUAUAGUUUUCUCAACCGAGCAACGUGUGAGUCAACUUUUGCGCAUAACUCGACGUGUACCACAAAUGAUAUUAAUGGCCGGCAUUGUUGAUGAACGGCUACUCAGCCGUAAUGAAUUUAUGGCGUAUGCACAAUUGCCGGGCCUACAGGCAGCCCAAGGAGAAUUAGUGCAAACACUCAAUAUGGCAGCUAGUAAUUUAGUACAGCAAUUGGAAACACAUCAAAAGAACUUUGUAAAUGUUUUGGAUGUGCAUGCGAAGGGUGAGACGAAUGAUGGUACUACCGCGCCGGCAGCAACGCCAGUUAAUGAAGAAAAACAACCAGAGAAGGCGUGAAAUUGAAAUGCUAAUUUAAUGUUAUAAAAAAAAGGAAAAAUAAAAAAUUUACUUAUUAUUAAAAAUAC